AGACAGCUAAAAGCCCAGCAGCAGAAGGGACCAGAUUCCCAGGAGCUCACAGCCUUGAAGACAGAGAAUGCCUAUGCUGUCCUGCUGCCCGACGAUGGGAAGGAGAAGGGAGCACUUCGAGAAGAGCGGACAGAGAGUGGGAGACUCCUCCAGGGCCAGGAAGAAGAGGAGGAGCGGCUGCGGGGUGCUGGCAGAGCAGGCGCAGCGAGAACCGCCCAGGACGUUAACAUCGUCCAGGGAGCGCCAGAGCAUCCCUUACUUUGUCCUCUCCCUGCUUCCCAGGUGGAAAAGGGAAAAGACCUGGAUCUGGAGGAACAGUUUGAUGCCCUGAGGAAAGAGCACAUGGAGACCCUACAAGGUGCGUGCUGGGACAGGAGGGCUCCCCGUAGCCCCCCUGCCCUGCUGGCAGAGUCCCACCACAGGUCCCAGGAGGCCUUACAGGAGACGAUCCAGGUGCUGAAUUCCCAGCUGAAAUCCUUCCAGGAGAGGAUGAAGAGGGUGGAGGAGUCGCUCUUGAGCACAGACUACAAGAAACACAUCCAGGAGCAUGGGAGCCCCAGCCCCUUCUGGGAGCAGGAGCUGGAGAGCCUGCACUUUGUCAUCGAGAUGAAGAACGAGCACAUCCACAGCCUGGACAAGAAGCUGCUCAACCUGGAGACUGUGGCUGAGAGGAACCUUCUGCUGGAGGAGAAGGUGAAGACCCUCCAGCAGGAGAAUGAGGACCUGCAAGUUCGCACCCAGAACCACUUGGUCAUGGCAAGGCGUCUCGCAGAGGAGCUGCUGGCCGCCCGCGGGGCCCUGGAGAAGGAGGCGCAGCUGCGGGAGCAGGCUCACCGGGAGAAGGAGGAACUGCUCUACCGGGUGCUCAACGAGGGGGACGGCUGCCCCUUCCCCAUCACUGCCGGCGAGGUGCCCCUCAUCGCCACGUAG